AGAAAGUGAGUGAGAGAGAGAGAUAAGAGCACCAAAAAGAAGAGCUUUGUGUCUCAGAGAGACAAAGAAAGGGAGGUUUCUGGUGUUCUCCUCGGUGUUGUCUUUUCCAUCUCUCUCUCUCUCUCUCUCUCUCGUCUUGAGCCCUUCUUAACUACCAUCAAAAUGGCUUUUUUGAUUCUCUCUUGAAUCUCUCCCUGGUGCGGUGGGGAAGUGGGGGGAUUAUUUAGCAAGAUAAGGUCUGUGACUUCGUCUGCUGGAAAAAAAAUUGGAUUUUGAGAAGGAUGUUAGAUUGAUAGCUGUUGUCUUUGUUUGGAUCUUUACUGAGUUCUUGAGGAAAGUUGUGUUUUUUAUUUAUUUUUUCCUUAGAUUUUUGGGCUGAGAUUGGGAUUUCUUGUGUUUGAGUGGGGUAUUGUUGAUGAGGAAUGGUAGGUUUUUGUUUGGCAAGAGGAGAUUUUGAUAAGUUUAUGGAGGUCUUUGGGUGGUGAGAAGGGCCUUUUCGCAGUUGGUUAUUGGGUCGGCCGAAGUUUUCGGUAGAGUUUUGAGGAUUUCUGGGUUUGUGGAGUGCUGGAUUUGAGUGAUUAGGAGCUGGGUUUCUAGGGUUUGGAGGCAUUGUUCUGAGUUACAGGGCUUUGUUGAAGGGAAAAUCGUAAAAGGAGCUUGAAAACAUGUGGCUUUUCUCCCAUUCUGCUCAAUCGAAGAGGAGAGAGGAUUUCAUCCAAUGGAUUAACCUACUGGUGAAGAACAUGAGGUGCUGAUUUUCCCCGUCUAAAGCAUUCUCUGAGACUUGGUGUGAUAAUUGUUGACAAUUGUGAUCAUGUUUGGAGAUUCGGUGAGGGAAUCAAUGGUGAAGGACAGUGAUAAGUGUCUUGACUCUCAGCUCUGGCAUGCCUGCGCUGGAGGUAUGGUCCAGAUGCCAUCAGUGAACUCCAAGGUCUACUACUUCCCCCAGGGCCAUGCUGAGCAUGCCCAAGGCAACACUGACUUCGGGAGCUCCUCCCGCAUCCCGGCGUUCAUCUUUUGCCGGGUGGCUGCUGUGAAGUUCAUGGCUGACCCAGAGACUGAUGAAGUCUUUGCCAAGAUCCGGCUUGUUCCUGUUCGGGCCAAUGAGCCUGACUUUGGGGAAGAUGAUGGAUUGGCCCUUGGAAACCAUGGUACUACUGAAUUGCCUGAGAAGCCUGCUUCCUUUGCUAAGACACUGACCCAAUCAGACGCGAACAAUGGUGGAGGAUUCUCUGUGCCAAGGUACUGUGCGGAGACCAUCUUUCCAAGACUGGAUUACUCGGCUGAUCCACCAGUCCAAACCGUGCUUGCUAAGGAUGUGCAUGGAGAAGUUUGGAAGUUCAGGCAUAUAUAUAGAGGAACUCCCCGCAGGCAUUUGCUCACCACGGGAUGGAGCACUUUUGUGAACCAGAAGAAGCUUGUAGCUGGGGAUUCCAUUGUGUUCCUUAGAACAGAGAAUGGUGAUCUUUGUGUUGGGAUCAGAAGGGCAAAAAGAGGGAUGGGAGGUGGGCCAGAACCCCCCUCAGGCUGGAACCCUCCAUCGGGGAACUGUGUGUCCUCUUAUGGGGCAUUCUCUUCCUUUUUUAGAGAAGAAGAGGGGAAGUUCAUGAGAGGUAAUAGCAAUGGAGGUGUAACAAAUAUGAACGGGAAUUUGAGGAGCAGAGGAAGGGUAACAGCAGAGUCCGUUGUGGAGGCAGCAAACCUUGCUGCUAGUGGGCAGCCUUUUGAGGUUGUCUACUACCCAAGGGCCAGCACACCAGAGUUCUGUGUCAAAGCAGCGUCUGUAAGGGCUGCAAUGAGGAUCCAGUGGUCUUCUGGCAUGAGGUUUAAGAUGGCUUUUGAGACUGAGGACUCCUCGAGAAUCAGUUGGUUCAUGGGUACCAUAUCAUCUGUUCAUGUUGCUGAUCCCAUAAGAUGGCCUAAUUCACCUUGGAGGCUUCUCCAGGUCACUUGGGAUGAACCAGAUCUGUUACAGAAUGUCAAACGUGUGAGCCCUUGGCUGGUUGAACUUGUUUCUAACAUGCCAGCUAUUCAUCUAGCGCCGUUCUCACCACCAAGGAAAAAGCUUCGGAUCCCUCAGCAUCCUGAUUUUCCACUGGAUGGCCAACUUCCAACCCCGAUGUUCUCCACAAAUCCCCUUGGGCCCAGCAGCAGCCCCUUGUGUUGUUUCCCGGACAGCACUCCUGCAGGCAUACAGGGAGCCAGGCAUGCUCAAUUUGGUCUAUCUUUAUCAGAUCUCCAUCUCAAUAAACUGCAGGCUGGUCUGCUGCAGGCCGGGUAUCGCCGGCUUGAUCACGUAGCCCCAGCAUUGAGAAUCUCCUCCGCAGGACUUUCCAGUGGGAAUCCUACAAUUCAUGACAAUGUAUCUUGUCUGUUAACAAUUGGCAAUCCUUCUGUGAGUGCAAAGAAAUCAUGUGAUGUGAAGGCGCCGCAGCUAGUACUCUUUGGGCAGCCAAUACUCACAGAAGAACAACUAUCACUAAGCAGCUCAGGCGGUGCAGUAUCACCAGGGCUCACUGGGAACAGUUUGUCUGAUGGCAACCAUGAGAAGGCCGGAAACCUGUCAGAUGGUUCUGGCUCUGCAAUUCAUCAGCAUGGACCUGUGGACAAUUCAUCAUGUGAAGGAUUUCCAUGGUAUAGGGAUCAGCGAGCUACGGAGCUAGGAUUGGACAUUGGCCACUGCAAAGUGUUCAUGGAAUCAGAGGAUGUUGGUCGCACCCUUGAUCUUUCUGCCCUUGGUUCAUAUGAAGAGCUGUAUGGGAAGUUAGCAGAUAUGUUCGGGAUUGAGAAAUCAGAGAUGAUGAGUCAUGUGCUCUACCGUGAUUCAUUUGGCGCUGUCAAACACACUGGGGAUGAACCUUUCAGUGAAUUUAUGAAAACAGCAAGGAGGCUGACAAUAUUAAUGGAUUCAGGCAGCGACAACAUAGGAAGGUAGAAAGAAGUUCGCUCUCUAGUCAAAUGUACAGUUGAAUGAGCAAGUUUCUUUAUGCGAGUCCAACUUAAUGUUAGUGGGAGGAACCAUUGUGUUAUUGGUUUUCUGAUGUAGUUUGAAGUUGGUUCUUCUUUGUCUUUCUGAUUCUCUGAGCUCCAAAGGGCUGUAACUUUUGACUCAUCUUCCAGUUUAUCUUUAAUCUAGUGGAAGUCUUGCCAAGUCUCUUCUUCA